AUUCUAGAUACAAUUUUAUUUCGCCAAAUUCUAAAAUUGUAAUGUGUGUUUUGUGAUUAUUGUUUUAUCCGUUCCAUUAUAUUUUUUGUUGUUUUGUUAAAUUAUAAUAAUAAAAAUGACUCGUUGUAGUGUCCCCUCGUGUUCUAAUACUGCCAACCAUAGUUUUCCAAAGAAUCUCACACUAAGAAAACGUUGGCUUAAAGCAAUUCGUCGCACUGACUUUGUUCCUAAAAACGGGGCGAGGAUAUGUUGCAAUCAUUUCCAGGAUACUGACUAUGUUAAAAUCAGUGAUUAUACUGGAUUACGACUCCAGCAUAGGUUCUUGAAGAAGUCAGCAGUGCCGUCAAUAUUCCCGUGGACCGGGUCGCCGACUUCAAGCAAUCAAACAUUAUGCGAGAAACAUGUAAGACGUCAUCAUCUCGUAGGUAGGAGUAAGGGCCGCGAGAGUAAGGCGCAUGGCGACAUCGGAACCAUACACAGACAUGACAGACACCGACACAGGCACGAGCGACAUUCCCCCAGGAGGAAGGAGUUCUACCACAAGCCGUCGACUUUUAAACCUGCUCACGAAUCCAAAAACUACGAACUAAACAAAUACAGCCGAGGGACACAAACGUCCUACAGCCUGAGAAUAUUCGCGACAGAACAAUUGCUCUCUGACGGCGAGUCUGUCAGCUUCUACACAGGCCUCGACAACAGUGCCCAGUUCACCUUCCUACUCUCCACUCUACAUCCCAUGGCCCACGACAUCAAGUUCCAAUCCAAGAAGGUGAACAAGCUUUCCAUUGAAGACCAAUUCUUGAUACUUCUCAUCAAGCUACGUAGGAGUAAGCCAGAUUUUGAGAUUGGGAAGAUGUUCGGCAUCAGCAAGACUGAUGUGACCACCGUCGUUAUAACGUGGGUCAGUUUCAUCAGUGAUUUCUGGAGUACCCUGGACCUCUGGCCGACUCCAGCCCAGGUAAACAUGCAUAUGCCAUCCCCUUUCAAAGGAAAUACGAGCCCGUCUCCUUCCACUUCCAUUUUGCUGGAGAAUAAUGAUAUUUCUAUACAGAAGAAUGAUAAAGAAGACGCUCGAAAAGUAGCCUUUAGUCAGUAUAGAAUAAAGAAUAUUAUUAAGUUCUUGAUCGGGUGCUCCACGGAGGGACUGGUGACCUACUCUUCUGAAGUCGCUGAUGACUCGUCUCCGAAUGGGCAAUCGACGAGCAAGGGCGUCAUCUCUUGCGUAAUACCAUUCGAUCAGAAGCUAGCGACCUCUACCUGUAUAGAGAGAAUACUGGAUUGUUCAAAAACAUACAAAAUAUUAGGAAAUGCUCUCAACCAGAGUUAUGCCCCGCUGUGCUCAAAAAUAUUUAGUAUUUGUCUGGUGAUUUGUAGGUUCAAAGAAGGUAUUUUAAAAAAAUAAAGUGUUUUGUCAAUAUCUA